AUGAGGACUAUCGCUGUAGUGUUAGCGGUGUUUGCCGCGGCUGUGUAUGCCCAGACCCCAACAGCUCCAAGCCCAGUGACCCAAACUCCGUCUGGAUCUAGCAACAACAAUAACAACAAAAUCAGCAACAAUAUGAACACCAACACCAUGAACACUCCUGCGGAUACCAACAUGAUGAACAAUAAUAUGAACAACGGGAUGAAUAACGGCCAUAACAACAUGAUGAACAACGGGAUGAACAACGGCCAUAACAACAUGAUGAACAACGGCCAUAACAACAUGAUGAACAACGGCCAUAACAACAUGAUGAAUAACGGCCGUAACAUGAUGAACAACGGCCGUAACAUGAUGAACAACGGUCUGAACAACAUGAUGAACAAUGGCCUCAACAACCUGAACAACGGCCUCAACAAAGCUAAUCCUAACGGCCUAAUGGCUCAAUUCCAGAACCCAAUGUUCAGAAACAUGAACAACAACAACAUUCAGAACAACCCGAUGACAGCUUUGGCUUUUCCCCAAAACAACAACGUCCUCCCAAAUCAGGGAAAAGGCCAGGUUUCUCAGUCACCUUUUAACUUCCUACCAUUCAUGCUUGGUAACGACAGAAUGAACCAGAUGGCGAUGCUGUCCAUGAUGUCGAACCCCUCCACCACCGGUAACAUGUUGCCAUAUUUCGCCCUGGCAGGAGGUAACGAAAACAUGUUCCGUCUCAUGAUGCUCGGGAACGUCAUGAACCAACGCAAGGGAGGUCAAGGUCAGGGAUUCAACCCCUUCACGAUGCUCGCUCUCACCGGAAAUGACAUGAUGCAGAAGCUGUUCCCAAUGAUGAUGAUGAUGAACCAGGACGGCCUGCAGGGAGCAGCCUCCCCCACUACAGCCGUAUCUGGAGCGACGUCGACUGCGACCCAACCCCAGGGUGGUAAUAACGGAUAUCUCAACCUUAUGAUGAUGAACAACAUUAUGUAA